GCAUCUUCCUUGCUUCAAUGACUCCGUCUCUCGAGGGCUGAAGGGCUGAUCUCGUAUCAGCGACUAUAUAGUCGCAGGCUGUUUGUGAAUCCUUUUUUUUUUCGACCUUUUAUUCGCCAUGGCCACCAAUCACUUCGAGGAGGUCUACGACCUUCUGCUGCUAGUGGACGCGACGUCCUCCAUGUCAAAUUACCUUGAGUCUCUUCGGAUCUCCUUCCCAAAGAUCAUCUCCAUCUCCAAGCUUACCAACAGUUUUGCGCGUAUUGGGCUCCUUGCAUAUCGUGACUACACUGAGGCCGACAAUCGCUAUUACCCUCUGCUAGAAUGGAGUGGAUGGUACAGCCACGACAACGUGAUGGAUGCGGACAGUACCACCGCCGAGGGACUCAUGCAGAAAGCCGGGAGCCUCGUAGCCAGUGGGGGUGGAGACUUUCCCGAAGCAACGAAGACCGGUAUGGCCCGUGCAUAUUCCCUUAUGCGUGAGGAGGCAACAACGAUUAUCCUUCUGUACACGGAUGCAACACCCCAAUGCUGGACAGUAGCCGAAAAAGAUCCAAGAAGUAACUAUGUUGCGGAACAGAAGGCUCUGAAGAAGGAAGGCUCCUAUGGCGGCUUUGGCCCGCGUUUCGCGGAUUGGGUCGAGGGCUGCAACUUUAUGCAUACUGGUCUGCGAAAGGCCCACGUUUUCUGUUUCCUCGACGAAGAUGCGGGCAAGGAUGUUCUCGACUCCGGAUUCUACCUAUAUCUAAGCACUAUCACACGAGGGGCAUGCAUGUCUUUGACAAAGUCGGAUCCGCAAAGCAUAGCGCAUGUUACGGUUGACGUUCUUCUUUCCUGGAUGGAGGUCGCGAAGCCAGGCGCAGAGAAGACUUCCUUGCCAGCUACAGUGAUCCGAUACAAGCUGGGAACGGACAUCAAGAAGAUCAAGGACGAGAAAGAUCCCGUCGCGAGCGCAUUCUUUUGGUCGCAUGAUCCCUCGGUCCUGGAAGGGGGUUACAAAGGGCUCGACAGUUAUCAGUUUCGAAUGCAAGCCAAGAAGCAAUUGGAGGCAAAUCGUGUCACGAAGCCGGUUGACUCUGAAGUUCUUGCAAAGUUCCUGCCGAAGAGGAAGACAAAAGCCGUGGAUUUUGCCUGGCAAUAUAACAACGAUCCUCAAUACAAGGAGAUUGUCAUCGAAGAGCUCAAAAAUAUCAUCGAGGCGGAUGUCACUUCGAUCGCAUUGAACCCAGUCUUUGGGAGUCUCUGGCGCGCGGUUUGCAACGAUCGGGCGCUUCCUGGGCGGCUGGCUCUCACUACACUCUUCGCAUCAAGUAUUGACAGGCUUCAAGAUGUUGAGCAGAGAGCGCGUAUGAAGAACUGGCUUGAAGAGUCGUACGAUUUUGCGGCUGAUAUUUUGGAUAUGCUAGAGGCGGUUCCUGAAGAUCAACGCUAUCCUUGUGUUUUCCUGGACCCCACAAUCGAAUUUCUACCAGCGAAAGAGAGACGUGAGAAAGCAAGCGAUGAGGAGGAGGAUGACUACUACCAGAUUGCCGCAUUGCGACGUGACGAGCUUCUUGACAUAGGCCGGGCUUGCGAGGGGCGCAUCUUGAGGCGCUUGGGGAAUGUUCUUACACGUUUGACGUAUGUGGAGACGGCAGAACAGCUACCCUCACACAUCGCUGCGGCUACGCUAGUAAAAGUUCCGAGAAUUCCCAUCGCACUUUCUUCUCAGUCGCAGGAAUGGAAGUUCUGGAAGAUUUUGCUACAUACCGUUCUACCGGGGACAAUGUUAUCUACUCGCCCAGCAAUGGUCCUCGCAGCCUUGGCAAUGCGCAUGGGUAUAGAGCCAUUGUUCGUGCCUGCAUCUUCAGCACUGAUGUAUUGGCGGGACAAGUGGAAUAACCUAGAGACUCCCGAAACCUGGACUGUUGGCUGUCUCGGCCUCCUGCUUGACGCAGACAAUGAAUACCGAAAGACGAGGAGCGACGGCAAGACUUCAUCGAAAGAUCCCUCAGGUCUUUUAUACCCUGCUGAUCGAACACUGUUCACUCAACUCGUCGCGCACAAGCUACUCGAGGCCAACUUCCAGACCACACUUGUGGCUGUCGUCAGUUGGACUCCAGAGAAGACCCAAUUGCCCAUCGGACACGUUGUCACCUGCAAGCGUUGCAAGUAUCCAAGAUCUGUGACUGCCAUGGCCCUAAAAUCUGGUGGCCAAUGCGGUCUAUGUGUGGCUUCAGACUACAAGGACGAGGCACAUAAAAAGAGAAUGAUGAAUUCUAACAUUACGGACUCCGGUAAUAUAGCUUGGGUCGAGUGUAGCGUACGUACUUGCCGAGCGCAGUAUGUGUGCUACAACCCCGACGAUCUGAGAGUCCGCCCAAAGUGCUAUUAUUGUCGAUUUUUGCAGUGCGAGGCACCUACUAUCGAGUGCGCCAAGUGCCGUAGCAAGGUGAUCUGGCCAAGCGAGUGGCGAGCGGCAGCUCCAACACCAUUCAACUGCGUCGCCUGUGUCGACGGACGGAAGACUGUAGUCACUGUUGACACCACUGCUGAAAAGCUAUGCAAAGAGAACGGGCAAGCAUGGCUCCUUCAAAAUGACAAAAACACGCUGAAAACACCUUUCCAAGGCUCGAUCUUCCGCACAAUCACGACCGUCGGCCCGGAAGCUUUCUUAGCCAAUGUGCGCAUACUUUCUCCAACCUACGAUGGAGCCUUGACGUUCCGCGGCAAGCCAAUCCAAAAUCGAGAAGCACUGAGGUCUACCCUCGUAGCCUGGAUUCAUCGUCGUAAUGUUGAAAAGACGACUUGCAGCCUUUGCUUCUCGGAGCUCCCAAACGCUCGCCUUCUCCCAGCAUGCCGGCGCCGCGGAUGCCACCAGCGUAUCUGCGAAAAAUGUCUUGGUGAUUGGUAUGGCCAAAACAGUGUCGGUCAAAUCGUUAAUCCCGCGGCACUAUUCUGUCCUUUCUGCAGGCGUCCUCCUGCUGCACGUACACUGGCUGCAUACGGAAAAGGAAUACAUGCGGUUGGAGACUUGAUGACAGCUCUUGAGGAAAGGGGCAAGUGGAUCCAUGCUUGGUGCCGCAUAUGUGGAAAAGCUCGCCGACUCAUGGAACGAGAGUGCGCGCGGGGCGCGCCAGACCCUGUGGACAAUUUCUCAUGCGAAGAUUGCAACAUCGAGGCGCUUGAGAACGCACGCCGAGCGGAGGAAGAGGCCCGUCGUGCAGCGGCAGAAGCCGCGCAGCUCGCCCACCAACUCAAUAUUGCAGAUCGGCGGCAGAGACGCAUACAAGCUCAGCAUGAACUCUCUGUGGCGGAGCGAGCGAGAGCAGAGCUCGAAUACCCUGUGAAGAAAUGCCCUGGGUGCGGAGUCCGAUCGCAGAAGAGCUAUGGUUGCGACCACGUCCGAUGCCCUAUCAAGACUUGUGGGGUGCAUUGGUGCUGGAGCUGCGCUAAGAUGUUUACCCAGCGUGAUAUCUACAACCACAUGAGUGGUGCGCAUGGUGGAUGGGAUGCCGAAGGAGCAUGGGGUGGAGUUCGUUAUAGAUUGGGGUUCCAGGACGACGAAGACGACUACGAUGAGUACUACGAUGAGCUCGAGGACUGAGUAAUAUCAAAUCGCGUCCAGAGGGACAACUUUCUGUGGCGGAACAGCGAGUUCGAAAUGACUCUUGUGUCCACGGUGAUAUUGCGCUUUACGAGAUACUAGUUGCUAGCUUUCUCCUAUAUUAAAAGAAGCUCCGAUGACGCACCCGCUCAAUUAGCAUCUCGCCCGUUCG